AUUCCCGUUGGUUGAACAGACGACAGAUAGUUCACAUUUUGUGGCUCAGCCGGUGGUUCAUCAUACAGUGCACUUUUUUUGUUCUCUAAGUGACCAUAAGUUGUUUUUUUUAAACUACCCCCACCCAUUCUGUUGACAGAAAUAGUUCUGGCUGCCCAGUGGCUUCUGGUGCAGCCAGAAUGACGUCAUACAUGGCACAGUUUAGCUUGGGCAGUUUUUAUAAAGAUAUGCCAGAUUUUUUGACUUGUGGUUUUUGUGCCAAAGAGUUUUUACUGGAGAACAUCACAAUGUUCAUUGCUCAUAAAUUUGGCUGUGCUGACAAAAUACAGCAAACUACAGACAUUGAAGAUACAACGUCACCUUUGACCUGCUCGGUUUGUUCUCGUGUGUUCAUGACAGCCCGCGGCCUGUUACAGCACGUGCAGCACGAUCAUAAGAUGAAGAUUUAUCUGCAAAAGGGACCUUUACUUAUACAAGAUGUCUCUGCCUUGCUGCCACCCCCAGCACAUUCCUUACUGGGUAAAGGUGAAUAUAGCGAUACAAACACUCCUACCACUUGCGCAGACGUACAGUUAGAGCCAUGUGAACCUGAACAGCCAACGGAUCUGUCGCUAACAUAUCAAAAUUCGUCGGAAACGCCCUCUGGUGUUGGGGAUAAAGAUGGGAUCUGCUGGAGCCUUGACGACGGUACCGUCAAAGAAAAAAACUCGGCUACUUCCACUUCGGCUCUGCCUAAGAAGCGUAAGUUUCUGAAUCCCGGCUGCGGAAGGGGAGCCUCUGUAAACACCCCUAGUGUAUGCUCCAGCGAGUCUGUUGGAGAAGAUUUCGGCUCGAUCGAUAACGACAAUCAGGAAAGUGGUGAAGAAUUCCCACCGAGUGAUAUUACAGGCGAAUGUACUCCCAUCAAAUCUUCAGCCCGCACUGGAACUCAAGAAAGAAACGCCAAACUGAAAGCGCUGCUUCAGAAAAGUCUCACCUCAGACCGAGAUGAUGGGGAAUCUGUUGCCACACCUUUCCAUUACGAUUUUCCCUUGGUCGCAUUGAAGAAAGAGCCGGAAGAGUCUAACGCCGAUGACUCCUCCAUACUUAUCCCGGAUGAUUGUCAUGGAGUGGGCUUUCGUGAUUUUGGCAGGCAGGAAAACGGAAGACUUAAGUGUAGUUCGACAAUGGAGCAAAGCAUCGAUAAGCUGAUCAGAGCAACCAUUUCCAAAGACUCAUUCUCUGAAGACUACGACUUUGCUAAACUGAAUCCGAAGACCUCCUUGAUGGAAGCUGGUACAGUGGUACGAUUUCCACCUGCAUGUUUUUCGCCUCGUCUCUACCUUCCAGGGGAGAAAUACAAGCACUACCUCCAGACACACCUAGAUUUCUCCUCUAAGAUGAACAUGGACCUUUGCCAGCUGGUUAAACCUAAACUCGAAGAUUCGCCACUCAACUAUCAUCUAAAACAAUCAGAAUCCCAGCCACACACUGUUGAGGACACGAAUAAAAAAGUCGGGUUUUACGGUGGGAAAUCCCAUUGUUUCAAUCCCAUACAUUCCAGAAUGUCCGAUCAAAAAGACCACCUCUCCAUGUCAGAUCCCACCAGCCACGCCCAGCUGUCCGACCCACCAGGAUACGCCACUUAUCAAAACAGAAUGAACGAAGUAAGGAAACGUGACGCCUCUCCCGCCCACCAAAUUCAGCGUCUCAGACACAGCAUAGACGAUACACUAGAAACCCAAUUUUCUGGCCACCCUGCAUCCACAACAAGAGGUUUCGAGCCAUCAGCUUUAAUCUCGACCUAUUAUGAAGGGAGAAUAUCGUUCACUGACGCCAAUGACAAAGAUGCCCAGAAAGGUCUUUCAAGAAGAAGGAGCAAUCAGGACCUAGCCGCUGUGAACGAUGGUCAGUUGGGGACAAAAAUAACACUGAGGUCCCAUUCCGAAUCUUUCGAUGAGUCCUGCUCCCAGCCGACAGAUGCCUUGUCUAGGAUGGAUACGGACGAUUUUCAGUUGGUUGAUGGCAAACUUAUGAAGAAAAGACGUUACCCAACUUCUCGGCCCUUUAAGUGCAUACACUGUGAGCAGGCGUUCAAUCAGAGAAUACAUCUGAAGAAACACAUGAGUAAACACACAGGUGUGAAGCCCUUUAAAUGCCAGCAGUGCGACUACUCAACAGUGGAAAGAAGUCAUCUGAAGGUUCAUUACCGUAUCCACACAGGUGAGAAGCCUUACAGAUGUCUGUAUUGUGAUUAUGCCACAGCUCAGAACUCAACUCUAAAAAUUCAUCUUAAACGGCAUCAUGAAGGAACUGGUUUAUCCAACAGUCGAGGCAGGGAGCUUUAUCUUGGCCAGGGAUUGAGGGAUGAUGAUGACAACCUGCUAAAUGAGAAAUAUUUGUUAGGUUUAUCAACUGACAAUGAGGGCGGUGCAACCAACAGAGCAGCAUCAAUUAUAGGGCAAGAUUAUUCCUGCCCAUAUCCAGAGCAGGGAGGAUCUGACUACAGUUCAGUUGCACAGCAAAAAGUUGAUAGUUCUGUGGGGCAUUUUUCAUUCUUUUCUAAACCUAAAGAAACCAUGUAUUCCUAUGGCAAAAACACAAUUUUGUCCAAGCAGCUUACCACCCACCUACCUCUGAGGAUACAAGCACCAUAUGACUCACACAGUUCUGGUCAGAACAGAAGUCAUACUGCUGAGGCAACAGAUUUAAGUCGAGCUCACCUCAGUAAAUUGUGUGAUACUCCUAUUUCAAAUUCAACAGAUGUGCGACAGAUGCUCCCAUUGCCAGCACCUGAAUCAACUGCAUUGAAAAAUGAACCCUCAAACUCAUCUAAAAAUAUUUGUAUAAAAGAAUCUGACACUAACACAGCUUACCUGAACAAGAAUGGAAACUCUGAAAAGUCUUUUCAAUCUGAAGCUCCAGAAAUCCAGACCAAUAAAAGCAAAGAUUACAAACCAUGUCUAUACUCUGUCAAGAAAGGAAAAGAAAUGGAAUUGUCACUUGAUAAAGAAUACAUAAACCAUGAUAAAAACUAUAAAUUAUCAAAUGACCAUGUCAACUUACAUGUAAAAGACUGUGGGCCAGACCCAAAUUACAUGACAGAACAAAAUAAACUAUGUCAUCUUCCCGGUGUUUCAAAAUCAAACUUUAGUGAAAGAGAUUACAAACUUAAUCAAAGUUCAAAAGAGGCAUGCAACAGUUUUCCCCCUUUGUUAGAUUUAAAAAUGAAAGAGCCAAAGCCUGAACAGCAAAUUCUACCAAACCAUAAAUCUGAUCAUUGCCUGAAUCAAAACUCAAACGAUGAUGAAAUCAAUUUGGAUUAUAACAUUGGCUUACCAACUGUAAACAUACCUAACAAAGAAUUUGUAAGAGGCUAGUGCUAAAUGUAGUCCCUACAGUUCUAAUACUAUAUUUAAAAUUUACACUAUAAUUUUUGUUUAAACCUUGCCCACAGACUUUUCACAGUUAACGUUUACUCUUGAAGUGAUGCUUAGCAAUAUAUCACUUAGUUGAAAGGUAUACUUGUACUUGCACAUUUUCAUGCAAAUUUUGUUAGAAGUUGUGGUACAUUUGAUUUACUAAUAGACAAUGGAAAUUAAGAACAAAAAUGAAUCAUUUAUGUGUUAUUAUAGUACCGGUAAUAAAAAUAUCUUUGUCAUGAUAUUUUUUACUCAAAUCCAUUAAACAAAACAAUAAGAAAUAGAGAAUAUUGAAUAUUCCAAUUAUUAUGUUAUAGUUUGAAAAAAAAACUUAGGAAGAUAUUUGUGAUUUUGGAAGAUAUUUAUGUUUUACUAAAGCUGUUGAAAGCUAUUUUUUCUGUGAAAAAAAUGCUGCCUACUUUUUGAAAGUAAUCUGAAAGUCUACCUUAACUAAAAGCUUAGUUGUUGAUUGUUGUAAUUUAAAAAAAAACAUUUUUCUGAGCUCAUCAUGAAGGCUAUGUCAAACAAUGUUUUUGUUUAUGUCAGUGAUCACAAGAUCAUCUUAUUAGCACAUGAAUUGUUUGUUUGUGUGGUCUAGAACAAUGUUUACAGGUUAUGAAUUGUUUUGUUUAAAUCAUUUAGUGAAAAAAAAAGCUAAGACAUUUUGUUCUUUAAAUAAUCAAGUGCAACAAUAGGUACAUGAUUCAUUCUUUUAAAAGUAAAACAUUAAUAUUCUAUUAUUAUUCUUUUAGAAAAGAAAUUUUGAAAUUGUUAUAUUUGUGAUUUCAUAACAUUCCUCUUAUUAAUACCAUUAUUUGUUUUUUCUUGUCCUAAAAGUUAACUAUAUUUAUAAGAGCAGAUGAUAGAAUCCUCAACAGAUGUAAAGUCAAAAUAAACAUGUCUCUAAAGAGAAACAACUUAUUUAAAAUGGUCUAUAUUUUUAAAAUAUGAAAAUAAAUCAUAUAGCUCUGCAGUCAACUAGAGAGGAGGAUCCUAGCAAUAGAACUGAGAUGGUAUCACAUUUAAAGACCACAUCACAAACAAAAAGAUUAGAAACAGGGUUAUGACAGCGAUUGGACCCCACCCCUGUCAUUGAAAGAGAUUCUAUCCAAAACAAAAGACAGUGAGGAAUAGAGAAGGACAGUUGACACAUCUUGUGUGGUUCCCUUAAUGGUCCAACUGACUAAGGGAUAGGUGAAGAUGAAGGAAAUCAUAUAGCUCACCAAUGGUGCCAUUUAUUGUUCAUUUUCUGUUCUAGUAUGAUCCUACUAGUUUUCACAUUUUUGUAUUCUUUUCCUAUAAUUUUUAAACAACUUUAAAAAACAUUUUAUCCAUACAGUAUUUGCUAUUUUCCGGUAAUUUGCAUUGUUAUUUUUUUCUAUAAAAAAAACUUAAAACUCCUGGUGAUUAUUUGGUUGAUAAAAUGUUUUUUUGUAGUGAAGUAUGUCAAUUUAUAAAUGUAUAUAUAUUUAUAUAAACUCUUGAGAUGUAUUUUACGAACAUGUUGCAGAUAUCUAUACUUUUACCGGUAACAUUUCACUUAUCGUGGUAAACAUUUAUAAAAUAUAAUCAGGGAUGUCUUAUAAACCUGCUUAUCCUUCGUGCCAUAUUAUUGUGUGGGUGUUCAUUAUCAUAAUAUUCAUUGAUGGUUCUAAAAUAGCAUCUUCAGAUAAGCUAUCACAGAAAUAGCGUCUCACUGAUGUUUUAGAAAUGCAAGAAUGACAAUGCUAACAUAUUGUCAACCAUUUUUAUCAAUUUAGAGUUGCAAUAUUUGUUACUACAAUGUUGUUUAUUUAUUGUCAAAUAUUUUGUUGUUAAAUAAAUAUUUCAUUUUGAACUAUAUCUCUGGAGUCAUUGGGGAACUAAACAUCAAUAUUGUUAAAUGUAUAAAUAUUUGGUCAUAUCUAGACCUGUAUAUUUAUUAUUUUAUAUUCUUACCGGUGGAAGGCUUUUGUGUUCUUUACUAAUUAUUGCCAUGGAUUUACUUUUUUCUAUUAC